AUGAUUCGCCAAAUGAGUCAGGAGAACCGUCUUAUCACGCACCGUAAGUGCGAUCACCAAGACCGUGAAGUUAGGUCUCUGAACAAGGCUUUGAGACUUAGUUGCCAGAGAUGCCAUUCGCAGAAAGUCAAGUGCACCGGCGGAAAGCCCUGUUCUAGAUGCCUGGUGGCUGGGUGUGAGAAAGAAUGCAGAUAUAUUAAACGCGACCGCAAAGUCCGUGUCGAUGAAAGCUACCUAGAGCAACUGAUCCAAGACAGUCAAGAACUUCAUCGAAAUCAGCGAGAGUCAGUCAGCAACAUCACCUUCGGGGCAGAGAGUGGUGGCGUUCCAACCUCCACACGUAAUCCAAUAUCAGAGAAUGACUCCAGUACACGAAAUCCGCUAUUAAAGGACUGGGCGUGGUUUCAAACACAGAACAAGUCGGCUCUCCCCAUCUAUGUUAGCGAGGUAGCCUGUACUGCAUUUGCAACGCGCCUGUGCCAAUGCUUGAAUAGCAAGGACGCUUCAACUUCAGACAUGCCACGAAUGAGGUAUGUUAAGGAGUCUGCUCUGGGAGUUCUUUCAUAUGGAGAGAUUGAAUGGCCUAGCCUUGCCCGCGCUCGAUUGCUUGUGAAUACUGCGCUUGGCCACGCCAAUCCACCAUUCCACCUCGCACUGCGGAAGACCAGCGUGGACUACCUUCAAACUAUUUACCAAAACGCAACCUUCGACGAUCCUGUUUUAGUGUGCAAGUACUUUGCUCUUUUUGCUCUAGGUGAAGUAUGCUCGGUUCCGAGUGGCAGACUGAACAAUGACACUUCACCUGGCACAACUUACUAUGCGCGUGCCAUCAAUAUGAUUUCUGUGCUACCGGAGAGACCCAACAUGGCCCAUAUAGAGGCUCUCUUAAUUCUGGUAUUGCUUUCUCUCUUCCUCUUUACCUCGGGAUUUACUGACCUGUAUGAGGCACUUUGUAGUCAAUUUCUGAACAGGUGGCAUUCAGCCUAUGUUCUGGUAGGAAUCGCGUUGCGACUUGGAUUGUCUGCUGGCUUCCAUCAUAACAUCCCCGAGACGCAAUACCCUGAUCCCAUCGCAAGGGAGAAUCGCAUUCGUGUGUGGUGGACGAUAUACAUCUUUGAUCGCUUUUGGGGGCUAAAGCUUGGACUUCCAAUGCAGGUCAACGAUGAUGAUAUCCAUGUUGAUUUUCCUUCAAACCUCGCUGUUGAAACAUUCCACGACGAGUUCGCAGACAGUUCAUACCAGGUGGCUGUCAUAGAGCUUGCCAGGAUUUCUACACAUAUUAUGCGAAAUAUCUACAGCCGCCAAAAAUCUGCGGAAACAUUAUUACAAAGAGAGCAAAAGCUCCUGAACGAGAUGAAGCAGUGGAUGCAGUCAGUUCCUGAUCAUAUUCGGCUCCAACCUGACACCCAUAAUCGCAGGUGUACCGUUCUUAUUCAUCUACAAUUCAACUAUUGUUUGAUUCUUGCCAUACGCCCACUAUUGCUGGGCAUACUCGAUCAUAUUGCAACAACAGAUUUCAGCCCCGAAACUACGUUAUCGCCUGCCCUGGCCACCUUGACCGAAGCGUGCAUUCAUUCUGCACGGCACACCUUGAUUCUCUGUGCUGAUGAAUGGACGAAAGGAUCUAUCUCCGUGUUUGGAUACGCCUUCGCACAGUACAUUUUCACAUCGUCGCUUGUCCUUGUUAUUUCAAAUCUCCUCCCAUAUGGAAAUGCGGAUGACUUAGCAUCUAUUGAUACCGCUGCGGAGAUGUUAAGGUCUUUCGCCGCAGAUGGUAACCUCAUGGCCGGUGAUCUUUACGAACAUAUUCAGAAAGUUCAAAAGUGCCAUAGUAGCGAUGAUGCUCCAUCUGUACCGCAUCCCACAGCGACUACCUACGUACCGCCCACCAACUCACAGAUAUAUCCCACCAGCGUUGCACAGCUUCCUAUUUCAGACCCGCAGUAUAAGACGGCAGAGAUGUCCCUGUACCAACCAACGAUGGAGGAUUUCCUAACCCAAUCGGUUACAGACAUUGGUUUGUUAGACCCCGAAGAAAUAUCAACGAAUCUUCCAGACUCGUGGCCUAGCAUUCCGCUAUGGACCAACGACUUCUGA